AUGGGAUCCCGUGGUCUUGAAGUCUCAGGGAAGGCCUUGAAUCUCCCCCAAGCGGAGAAGCCGCGGGACAUUGUCGACAGCUUCCUCCAUCAGCAUCCGCAUAUUGACUACGUCCGCUUCCAAUGGGUCGAUUACUCGGGAGUUUUGCGGGCCCGGGUUGUGACCAAGGCUCAUUUCCAUACAAUAGUGAAUAGCAACAAGCCCCUCAACUGCGGGCAGAUCACCCUCAGCUGCCUACCGGAUGGGAGUAGAGUCCCUUUCGAAGCAUGCGCCGUACACAAGCUCUUCCCGGAUUGGAGGUCCCUGCGAAUCAUAUCCAACUCUCGAGACGAGGAUCUCCCUUUGUAUGCUUCCGUGAUGUGCUCCAUCAUCGAGGAGCUGCCCGGUGGGUUGGCCGAUCCAAACUUGUGUCCACGAAUCGCACUGCAGAACAUCAUCACCAAGGCCCAUAGUCAGCACGGAAUCGAUUUUCUAAUUGGGUUUGAAAUCGAAUUCGUUGUGCUGCAAGCCGGUCCGGACGGCUCCUUGAUUCCCUUCUCCUCUCACCCGGGUGCCUACUCAGCCGCCGCUCUUCGCGGACCCUCAUACGGUUACUUUGAGGAGUGCAUGAGAAACCUCUCUGUCUCAGGUGUCCAAGUCCGUGAGUUUCACGCGGAAGGUAGUAUUGGGCAGUACGAGAUAACGCUUGCUGCGCGCCCGCCACUCGAGGCUAUCGAUGAGUUGGUCGCCGCGCACGAUAUCAUCCACUCCACGUUUGCAAACCAUGGCCUGACUGCCACCAUGUCUCCGAAACCCAUUGUUGACCGUCAGGCCAACGGCUCGCACAUUCAUGUCUCCAUCCACCCCCCGCAGCACGAGGAAUCCUUCCUCGCCGGCCUCCUUUCUCGCCUACCGGCAAUCUGUGCCUUUUCUAUGGCCUCGAUCGCCUCCUAUGAUCGCCAUGCCGACUUCCUUGCCGGUACGGUUGUCGCCUGGGGUUCUCAAAAUCGCCAGGUGCCGGUGCGCAAAAUGGGUCCAGGUUACUGGGAGGUGCGGUGUGCGGACGCCAUGGCGAAUAUGUAUUUGGCAGUCGCUGGCAUCUUAGCUGCUGGCCUCCUGGGAAUGGAAAACAGUGAGCCCCUGCACUGGAAGGAUGUCAGCUAUGCAGGCAGUAUGCAGACUAAAUCCGCCGAGCUCCCGGCCAAUCUGGAACAGUCCCUGAGCCAACUAGAGCGCAUUUCUGAAGAGCUGUCGGAAGCGCUGGGCAGUAGGAUAUCGGGUCACUAUUUACAUGUCAAACGGCAUGAAGUCGAGGCUUUAAAACAUUUAAGUUCGCAGCAACUGUACCAGCUUCUGGCAACGUUAAUCUAA